GUUCGAGACCUGCUUUCUAACAACGGCGUGCACCAAAAUACGAUCACAAUUAACGGAAAUAUGCAAACUUUGACAACAAAUCUUCCGUGAGAUCAGUAGUGUGUUUCCGAUAUACCCGACACUUCACAAUCGCGUCAUGGGAAUAACGUCACCAUUUUUUUUCCUUUGCGUCAUUCACCUCGUCAUCUUCUUGAAAAGCGCAUCUUCCAUCCAUCUCGGGAGCCCGAACAGAAUCACUAAAGAGGUCGACCAAGAGCAGUUCAAUAGCACUGACGAAGAAUACUACUAUAAUGUGGCUAAACUUCUAGCGGAAUUGAGUCAACGUAAUCAUAUUGUCAGAAAGCAGGAAAUAACUCAUGACAGUGACUCCGUACAAAGAACACCUCUGGUCUCUGAGGAGUUAGUUCUUGAUUACAACCACGAUGAAUCAGAGGGCUCUUCGUCAUGGAAUUCAACCAUGUUCGCCCAGAUGUUGGUAACACAGGAAGAUGAAGACGAGGUUAUUCGUGCAAAGUGUAGUAUGGUCCUAUAUUCGCCAGGAAGAAGCAUGUUUUGUGUGCCGGUCCUAGCACGCACUGAACAAAGAGUGACACCGGUGGACCGAGGAUAUCAUUGGGAUAUUCGAUCAUUCGACCGUAGGAGAUACAGGCGAUCAAUUUCAAGUGAAGGAGUGAAUUCGUUGGAAUCAAUGCAAACCGAGGACGAAGAGCAAGUGCGCGUGGAACGAGGCUUGCCGUUCUACGAACCACCGCCUGAGCACGAAAAUGGAUACGUUCGUCCGCAGUACCCCCAAGAAAUCUGCGAAGGCAUAAACAUGGGCUACGAGAAACGAAAAAUUCGCUGUCCUCCAGACACUAAAUGUGGUCUACGAAUCCGGGAUGCCAAGUCUUGCAGCAGUGUCUCUACCGAAUGUGCAUUAGAUCCGAUCUGUCUUCCAAGUCACGUGAGAUGCAACUGCAGAAAUACCCAUAUUUGCGCUUUCAAGGAAGUUGGCUGCAACGAACAUGGAUGUGACAGCGUUCCAGUAUGUCUCUUAAUCGCGAUCGGCAAUCAAGUUACUCAAGAGAACGACGUCGAAUACGCAGGAACCACGAAGUGCAAAAUUAUGGGAAGCCCAAAGACGGAUAUUUGCCAGCCGGGUGAAAGUUGCUCAGCGGUUCUUCCUCACGGUGCGACAUGCGAAGGUGCUUCCGAGUUAUCGAAGCACUGUCCUCUCGAACCCCGUUGUUUGCGCAAGAAAGAUUACAGGAAGUGUGAGAAUCCGUCGUGUCGUUUGCUAAAGAAGACGUGUGUUUUGGCCGAGGAUUGUGAUGAAGAUGAGUUGGAUUUUCGAAAACGUUGCAUAUUUACUCCGAGAUGCCUGGACUUUGUAAGUGCUGAUCACCUUAUUCAAGCGAAGAGGAAAAAAGUGGAGAUGAAGGAUCCUUACUUGUUUCCUCCCAGAAAUUUGCCGAGUGGAGGGAAACGAGAAGGUGGCGCUUUGUUUGGCGAAUGA